AUCUCUCUCUCUCUCUCUCUUCCAGCACUUUCUGGUUUCUUCCCUCUGACAAUCUCUUCUGUCGCCUGACAACAUCCACUCUGACCUCGCAGAGGAAACUACUCCACCUCUCUUAAUUUGUCAUCCUUCACUCUCGCUGUACUGAUCUGAGAAUUGUUCAUACUUUUGGGCCGGCCGUUUUGGGACUUGAGAGUGCAAGCUUUUGGCCUCUCUUUGUAUGUGAAUGUGUUUGUGAGUGAGUGAGUGUGUGAGAGUGUGUGAGUCAGUAUGCCAUGUCGUCCCCUGGCUCGUCGUUUGUGCAGAUAAAGCAUGAGGACCUGCUUUUCUAUGAGAACUGUGGAGGAGGCAGCUUUGGGAGCGUCUACAGGGCCAUCUGGAUAUCCCAGGACAAGGAAGUGGCUGUGAAGAAGCUUCUAAAGAUUGACAAAGAGGCUGAGAUUCUCAGUGUCCUGAGUCAUAAGAACAUCAUUCAGUUUUAUGGAGCCGUGCUGGAAUCUCCCAACUAUGGCAUUGUCACAGAAUAUGCUAGCGGGGGUUCUCUGUAUGAGUACCUCUCCAGUGAGCAGAGUGAGGAGAUGGACAUGGAGCAGAUCAUGACAUGGGCCAUACAGAUGGCCAAAGGAAUGCAUUACCUGCACGCAGAGGCUCCAGUCAAAGUCAUUCAUAGAGACCUCAAGUCACGCAAUGUGGUAAUGACAGCAGACAAAGUGCUGAAGAUUUGUGAUUUUGGAGCAUCUAAGUUUCUCUCUCAUACCACCCAUAUGACGGUGGUGGGCACGUUCCCCUGGAUGGCACCUGAAGUCAUUCAGAGCCUGCCUGUGUCUGAGACCUGUGACACCUACUCCUAUGGCGUGGUGCUGUGGGAGAUGCUGACUCGGGAGGUUCCUUUCAAAGGCUUUGAAGGGCUGCAGGUUGCGUGGCUGGUGGUGGAGAAACAAGAGAGGCUGACCAUCCCCACCAGCUGUCCAGCUAGUUUUGCUGAGCUGAUGAGGAAAUGUUGGCAAGCAGACCCAAAGGAGCGUCCGCAGUUUAAGCAGGUGCUGGUAACCCUGGAGACCAUGGCCAAUGACAGCAGACUACCGGACCAGUGCAAUUCCUUCUUACAUAACAAGGACCAGUGGAGGUGUGAAAUUGAGUCGACCCUGGAACGCCUUCGGAAGCUGGAGCGGGAACUUUACUCCAAAGAGAAGGAGCUGGAGGAGAGGGAGAGGAGGCUGAGACUGUGGGAGGAAAGGCUGAUGGAGCGGUCCAACAUGACUCCCAGUCCCACCUCUCUACUCAUGGAGCGCUCAAACAUCUCACCAUUCUUCUCGCCGAUGUCCAUUGGUUCUUCUGGGUCUUUCUUCCGCUCGCACUCUCAGGACUCCAGCAGUACAGGAGUCAGCAGUGCCGGCGUCAGCUCUCUAAUCCGCACCCUCAGCAACGGAGACACAGAGAGGGGGAGCAGCACGGUGCUGGAAAGGGGGGUGGGUUCACUCGACAGUGGGAGGCUGCAUGCCAUGCUCCUUGGGUUGCAGGGGAGAUUCGGAGAGGAGGGCGAGGAAGAGGAGGGCACCCUGGAGGAGAAAGGCUGGGGUCAGCAAGAGAGACAUGACAGUGGGAGCAUGGAGGGAGGAAGAGUGCAGGUGACGCUUCGGAGCUUCCCAGGUGGUGUAGUGGAGAGGGAGGAGAGGACGUGGGAGGAGGGGGAAAGGGACAGAGGAGGCGUGCAGAGGAGCAGGGUGACGACUGUAGUACGAGGAUACUCGGGUGGGGACGGGGAAAGGGAGAAGGAGAAGGAGGGGGCGUGGGAGAUAGAAAAACGUGGAGACAGACUUAGUGAGAGAGGGAUGGAGGGAGGGUUUGAAGGAGGGCGGCUCCCAACCAUGUUCAAAAGUCUCCAUGGGAGUUUGGGGGGCUUGGGGGACAUGCUGUCUUUAGACAUGGAUGAGAUGGGGGACAUGGAGAGACUAGGCGACAUGGACAUGAACAUGGGUGACCUGGGAGUGAAGGUGGUCGGUCAGGGAGUCAGGAGCGAGCUAGGGGUCAGGGGUCGGCGGAGUGACAUGGGUGUCGUAGUUCAGGGAGUCAGAGGUGACCGCAGCGAGGCCAUCAGCCAAAAGAUUAGAGGUGAAGUGGGUGUCCUCGGCCGCUCGGGAGUGCAGGUGAGCAUGCGGGCUUCAUCCAAUCAGAACUCUGUGAAGAGCUGCAGCGUGCGGCAUGGAACCAAGAUCAACAUGGCUACUGCGGCCAUGGACAUGAUGGAGCUCGACUGGUCUGACAGUGACUAGAAAGCACGUUAGCACACACACACACACACACACACACAAACAGGAAACACACAGAGGCCAAACUAGAGAUAUCGCCUUGUCAGCACAUAUAGUGUAAACUACAGUAUGUGCAUAAUAGGGCUGUCACUUUUCCAAAAAUCAAGUUAAAUGAAUAUUACGUGACACCGCGUUCCUUUAAUAUUUAAUAUCCUUUGAUAUUCAGAUAUGGCUGUACAUUUCACAUUUCCUCCAUUUCCACAGCAAAAUAACAUCAACGUCUUAUUUUUCACAUGGGUCCAGAGGGCAUUCACGGAUGGAUCCUAAGGCCAAGAUGUGCUCGGAGCACCCUCUGCUGGACCAUGGGGUAAUUACUUCAGACAGUCUGCUGCGCUUCUAGGCUAGUACGUUUUGAACUCAAACUGGUUAUUAAGGUUAAACGCUACAAUAAAACAGACAAUAUCUGGGUUAUGUUGAAAAAGUGACAGCCCUAGUGUAAAGGAAUCUCCAGUGGACAAAGAGCUGGUAGACACACAUUUCUUUUGUUUAUUUUUUUGUUUUUUAUUGAAUGGAUGAAUACUACACUCGUGUACUGUGAAAUAGGAAGGAGCAAAAAGGCAAUUUAAAGGUUGCCUUGUAACGUUGACAGAACGAUUUCACCUGUGUAAUUUAAUAUGCUACUAGAACUGAUGCAUAACAUACUGUAAGAGGUACAAGUGUCGCGACAUAACACACUUGAAUGGCGCUCUAACGAGAGAGCACUGUCGGAUGUUUCUCUCCUGCUUCUCUUGUAGUUGGUAGAUUUGAUUUUUGUUCGAAACAGGCUUUGACUUUUAUCAGUUCUAACUGUGAUCUAGUGUGUGAAUUUCUUUUGGCAUUUCCCUCUGUAUAUUUUAUCAUUUUUCAAUAAAAAGAACAGAAACU